AUGUGCCGUCAGACUCCGUCCUGGCCCUGGCUUAGCACGUUGUGGCUUGCUGCCGGCGAGAGCCCGCGGAGCUUCAGUCAGACCAUCUUCACUGACCACCAACGACAGGUGUGCGACUACGCGCUCGUCUACGCGGAGAAGAAGAACGACGGCGAAGCGCCGUACUCGGUCUCCUUCACCGCGACGCAGAGCGGCGACGUCAUCGUACAGCUGCACCCGCACUCGCAGCUCGAGCGCGCCGGCCGCAGUGCCAGGGGCCGUGCCGAUGCUGGACCCCGUCUCGUUGACAAGAACGCGCUGUCCGCGCGCGGCAGCGGGCCCUCGCGCCAGUCGCGCUCGCCGUCGCCCGACUCUCCGCCCGCCAAGCGGGCCGCCUCCGCUGACUCGUCCGGCUAUGAAACCGAUACGCCGGACGAGGUGCAGCAGGAGGCGGUCCGCAGGGUAUGCGGCGCGCUCGGCAUGAGGGAGCAGUUCGAGGCGGCGAUGGCGGCGGGCGAGCUGCUCGAGAUGCUCGAGAGCUUGCCGCGAGGGGCGGUCGAGGCCUCUGUCCGACAGAUGCGGGGUUACAACCGCACGGGCGAGUGGCCAGAGCCCAUUCUCACCAGCCCUGCCCCGCAGCGCGGCCGCUCGCCAAGCCCCGUCGAUGAGUGGGCGGAGGCGACCGCGCGGCAAUGGCUCGCGAGGGCCACGCACAAGCUCGGCGGCGAUGUCACCAUCAACGGGACUCAAAGCUUUCUCAUGGGGCUGCUUCUGGGCCUGCCCGCGGAGCCGGACGUGCACGGGUCCUCCGAGCCGGAGGAGGUGCGCGAGAUGCAGCGCAUCGACGCGGUCGACGCUCGGCGGCUGGAGGACGCAAUCGCGCGCCUCGAGGAGAAGGAGGAGGAGUCAGAUUCAGCCGAGGGUGGCGCGGCCGAGCCGGCGGCGCCGCAGCCUCAGCGGCGCACCGACCCGACCCUCGCGCUGCCCGGCGGCGGCGUGGGAUACAAGCGAGCUGUGGUCGCCGAGUUCAACCGCGUGAAGCGAGGGGGCAGGCUGUCGCGAGACCGACUCCAACGUGUACGUCAGGGCGCCAGCCAGAUCCAGAAGCGGCAGGGGGCGGUGCGGCGGGGCCCCUCGGAGGCGGCGCCUGCAACCGGAGCGACGGAGCCGCCGCAGUCUGAGGCUGCGUCGAGCAGCGCGGCAGAUGUCGCCGAUGGCGAGGAGGAGGCGCCUCGCUAUCUUCGGCCGGGAGACGACUUUGCGAUGGCCUUCCUCUCGGGUCCGCUCGGAAAGCAGGUCUUCAAGUGGUGGCUUGGCCGCGUCACCACCAUCUACCAGGGAGCGCAGCUGCGGCGCGAGCCCCUCCCCUUGGACAAGCUGCCAAAGGGCGUGACAGUGGUGGCCGAGUGGUACGAGCCCGUGGGAGACUCUCGAACUGAGUACCGGUACGCGACGCUGACCGCCUCGACGAGCGAGCGGCAAAAGAGGCAGCCGAUGCACGCCUUCAUCUCGCCCGUCUCGCUCACCUCUGACGCCGACGGCAUCUACUCGCUCGUCGAUGCGAAGGAGACGCUCGAAUCUCUCGACGAGACGCUCGCGCUCUUGCAGGCGGCUGCGCCUAAGCCAUCCUCAAAGGCUGCGAGGGAUGAGGAGAGCGAGGGCUACAUGGCGAUGAAAGUGAACGAGCUCAAGGAACUGCUCUUCCAGCGCGGCCUCUCAAGGAGCGGCAAGAAGGCCGCGUUGAUCGAGCGGCUCGAGGAAUCUGACAAGGCCGCUACAGCCGGACCAUCCACGUCUCGCCGCAGCUCCAAGGCGACGGCGGGGCAGCCUGACGCCGACGCGGCGGCUGCGCGCCUUGACGCCAACGCUGGAGCAGCAACGUCAUCACCCGCUGAGCCAUCACUCCCGCCGUCGGCGUCUCCAUCGAAGCGAGAGCCGUCACCUGGGCCGGAGAGCCCGGCUCGCACGGAUGAUGCUGCUGCCUCGCUCCUACCACCCGGCGCGACACCCCUCAAGGACUUUGUGGCGAAGCUGCCGGAGAUCACUCUGCAGCCCGCGGCGGCGAUGCUAGGCAUCAUCCAAGACAAACUAUCGAUGCGAUUCUCGAGGCUGAAUCCGCCCCGAGAGCUGGAGGCACAAGCCACCUUCGCGGAGGUGCGUCGCACGCAACAGGCGAGAACCACGAAUACCGAAUUGGUGGAUGUGACGAUCAACAACUACGUGGUGAACAAGGACAGCUUCGCCCGACUUCGACCGAAAGGCCUCAUUUCAGAGGCAGAGCUGCGGCAGGACCUCACCUGCAACUACCUCAACGAUGAGCUUGUCAAUGCGUGGUUUGCCGCCCUCCACAGUAGUUUGGCCAGGGAGGAUCGCCACGAGCGCAAGGUCCGUGGGAUCGAUGCAUUGACGACAAAGAAGCUGGCUGGAACGCACGGUGAGUUUACUGUUGAGUCGGUUCGUCGGAUUGUAAGGAGGCUCGACAUGAGGGAGGCUCUCUUUUCUUUCUCAGCCUUGAUCUUUCCGCACGUUCACAACUUUCACUGGACUUGCGUCGUCGUCGACUUUGAGUCGAGGAGCAUCUUCUCAGCCGACUCGAUGUCGGGUCAGCACGAGGACUUUGUCAAGCACGUGUGCGGCUUCAUGGACAUCGCCUCGCGCGAGCUGCGUGGCGAGCCCUUCGACUUUGGUGGCUGGGCCAUCGGAUCGCUCAGGGCGUGCUCCCCGAAGCAGCCAAACGCCUUCGACUGUGGCCUCUUCCCGUGUCUCAUCGCACGGUGCCUCCGGCACGGCGUCAAGCUGCCGACGGCGCCGUCGCAAUUUCAGAUGGAGAGGUGGCGCGACGCGCACACGUACGAGCUGCUGCGGGGUGAGGUGCGCAGCUUUGUGUAG